UCACUUCAGCUGACUCAGUCCCAACCAGAAACUCAGCAAUGGAAACCGAGACCUCAGAAACCAGAAAAAAUGCCAAGCUGGCAAUAAUAGAGCUCGCAAACAUGAUAAGUGUCCCCAUGUCACUAAACGCCGUCGUUCAGCUCAAUGUUGCCGAUGCCAUCUGGCAAAACGGAGUUAACUCGCCGCUCUCCGCCUCCGAGAUUCUCUCUCGCCUUCAUAUUGUCGCCGGUGGUGACUCCGAGAAUCUUCAACGUGUGCUUCGUAUGCUGUCCAGUUAUGAUGUUUUCACGGAGUAUCUUAAUGUUGGAGAAAACGGCGUCGUUGAGAGAAAGUAUUCGCUUACGGAGAUUGGUAAAACGCUUGUUACUGAUGAGGACGGUCUCUCUUACGGUGCUUACGUGCUCCAGCACCACCAGGAUUCCCUGAUGAGGGCAUGGCCAUUAGUACACGAGGCAGUGCUGGAUUCUUCAACAGAGCCAUUUGUGAAGGCUAAUGGAGAAGCUGCCUAUGAUUACUAUGGGAAGCGUCCAGAAAUGAAUGAGCUGAUGCAAAAAGCAAUGUCUGGUUUAUCUGUGCCUUUCAUGAAAGCUGUGUUAAGUGGCUAUGAUGGAUUUCAAGGUGUAGAGAAAUUAGUUGAUGUGGGUGGAAGUGCAGGAGAUUGCCUUAAGAUGAUCAUGCAGAAGUAUCCUAAUAUUCGUGAAGGAAUUAACUUUGAUUUGCCUGCAGUUGUUGCCAAAGCACCAAAAAUUCCUGGUGUUACACAUGUCGGUGGGGACAUGUUUAAAUCAAUUCCAUCCGCCGAUGCCAUCUUUAUGAAGUGGAUAUUGACGACAUGGGCGGAUCACGAAUGCAAGGCGAUAAUGGAAAAUUGUUACAAGGCACUUCCGAAGGGAGGAAAAUUUAUAGCUUGUGAACCAGUGCUGCCAAAUGAAUCAGAUGAUAGUCAUAGGACAAGAGCUUUGUUAGAAGGAGACAUUUUUGUGAUGACAGUUUACAGAAGUAAGGGAAAGCAUAGGACUGAAGAAGAAUUUAAGAAGCUCGGUCAAGAGGUCGGUUUCUCUCAUUUCCGACCUUUGUGUUUCGACUAUUUUCAUACUGUCUUAGAAUUUCAAAAAUAAUAUCGUGACCUUAAGAAAACAAAGUAAUUACUGUCUAGUAAUGUGAUUAUUUUGUUUUUCGAAUAAAUAAACCAGGAGAGUUGGGUCCUGUCUGCAUUUUUUAUGAAAUUCUGUAAAAUUUGAACUAUGGAGCCUUAUCAAGUGAUGCCAAGUUAUUUAUGGUUAUAAAUUGGAUGGUUGCUGUCAA